AUGUUUGAGGAUGUUGGCUUGUUCCAUUUGCUGGAUGCGAUGGUCGCAUUAGUUCACAUGUACAUCAAGCCCUUUGCCGACCGCUGGACAAAGCCGGACGCUGUCGAGAACUACCUGCUCGAUAUGGAAGAGGCGCUGAAUCCUGGGAGCAGGCCGACUCGGGUGACGCCAGCAGAUCGUGCCCGGAAGCACAAGGUGUCCGCCGAGCACGACACCUUGGGUCAGGAAAGGGAGGCCAAAAGGCCAAACAGGAGUGAGGCGUAG